AUGCUGGUCUCGCUUUCCUUGAUUACUCUGCUCUCGCUGGUUUCGCUCAGCCUCGCCGCCUCCGAACCCGCCAAAUCAACUCCGGAGAAGCGCGCAGACGUCAAUCAGAAGAGCAUCAAGCGCAAGGAGAUCUGCUACCGCAACGUCUUCGGCGACGAGGACCUUCCGGAGCCAAAGUACCUCAAGCCUGUCCUCACUGAAGACGGCAACCGCAAGCAAGUUUGGUAUUCGGACGGCGUCAAGGAGGACGAAUACGCUCUCGAGUUGCACUACGAAGAAUUCUGCUACCGUCACUACAAGAAGGAGGGGGAGGAAUUGAAGGGCUCGAGCACGACCGGGGCCGCGACGCCGACGAGUACCGGUGCCGACAGCUUCGUCAAGGUCAGCUUCUUCGCCGGGUACGAAGAGAAGCCCGUCAAAGUCGCCUCGCCCGACGAUGAUUCUCGCGAGAACCUCGCAAACAACCGACCCUUCAAGCACACCGAACACGACUCCGACAAAGCCGAAAUGCUCGGGUUCUUCAUGAACUUCCAGGCCGGUUAUCCUGGACAGGACAAGUGCGACGAGCAUGGCUGCUGGGAGAGGAGGAAGGUGCCGGUCCAGACGCCGGACGGGUAUGCGGAGACGACGAGCACGGUUCAGGUGACGGUGCAGGCGGAGGAGACGGCUCCGUCGACGACUUUGAGCGAGGCGAGCGAGGCCGACACGCCGACUGCGACUGCGACCAAGGUCCGAGACGAAUUGUAG